AUGCCUGAGCACACCACCGCCUCGAGGCUCCAGCUCUCCGGGCUGUGCUUCCUUCUCCAAAUCCUCACCAUCAUCCUCUUCGCCGUCUUUGUCCGGUACAGCCCAGAGAGCAGCCCCGGCCCCUGCUCCCAGCAGCUGAACUGCAGCUGGAGAAACCAGGACUCGGGUUUUCAGCACCCCCGUUUCCGGGAUGUCCACCUCCAAGCUCUCCUCGGCUUUGGGCUCCUGGUGGCCUUCCUCGGCCGCUAUGGACCGGGCAGCGUGGCCAUCAGCAUCCUCGUCGUGGCCUUCGCCAUCCAGUGGGCCAUACUGAUCCAGGGGUUUUCAUACUUCUUCCUGAAUGGCAAAAUUUAUGUGGGAGCUCAGAGCAUGGUCAGCGCCGACUUCUGCACCGCAGCCAUUCUGAUCUCCACCGGAGCUGUUCUGGGCAGGGUAAACCCUGUCCAGAUGCUGCUGCUGACCCUGCUGGGAGUCACCCUCUUCACUCUCAACGAAUACAUCCUGCUCAGUCUCAUGGGGGUAAGCGACAGCGGGGGCUCCUUGACCGUCCACACCUUUGGUGCUUAUUUUGGCUUGAUGGUUUCAUGGAUCUUGCACCAGCCCCAUAUGGACAAGAGGAAAGAGCAGCAGGACACGGGGCACCAGCCAGAUGUCUUUGCUGUGGUUGGAACCAUCUACCUGUGGAUCUUCUGGCCCAGCUUCACCUCAGCCACCACUGUCCAUGACAAUGCCGAGCCUUGGGCGGUGCUCAACACCUACUUCUCGCUGGUGGCGAGCACCCUGGCUACCUUCGUCCUCUCGCCUGUCCUCUACGAGGAGAGCACCCUGCGGAUGGUUCAGAUCCAGGAUGCCACCUUGGCCGGCAUGGCUGUGAUGGGUAUGGCUGGGGAGAUGCUGGUCACCCCCUUCGGGGCCCUCAUCGUGGGGUUUCUGGCCGGUCUGAUUCCCCCGCUUGGCUUCAGAUUCCUCACGCCCGUCCUGUGCUCCAGGCUGAAAAUCCAGGACACGUGCGGGGUUCACAACGUCCACGGGCUGCCGGGCAUCCUGGGCGCCUUGCUGGGGAUGCUGCUGACGGCACUGGCCACUGCAGAUGCUUAUGGUGGCAGGCUGGAGCUCGUGUUCCCACUGGUGGCCCAGGGCAGCCGGACAGCCACCGACCAGGUGCUCUGCCAGCUCUGCGCCCUGCCCGUCACCCUGCUGCUCGCCACGCUCGGGGGCAGCCUCACGGGAGCCGUCCUGAAAAUAAAGGGGCUGAGGUCUCCCCCGGACACGCGGUGCCUGGAAAACACGGUCCUCUGGGAGCACGUUUCAAAAGCAACCCACUGCGACGGGAAGAAAAGCCCCUCCAGUGAGAUCAUUGCGAGACCCCCAGACGUAGGGGUCGGAUUGUUUAAGCGAGCCAGGCGCGAGCGGAGAGCUCGCCCAUGCAGCGGCGAGGAGCACGAGCAGCAUCCCAGCCGCUCCACGCGGUAUGUCAGCGACGCAGAGCUGCGCUACGCGAAGCACCGCCAUCAUCAUCACCACCACCGCCAUCGCACCACCAUCGUCCUCAUCACCACCCUCAUCACCAUCACCACCAUCACCAUCACCACCAUCAUCCUCAUCACCAUCACCACCAUCAUCACCACCCUCAUCACCAUCACCACCAUCACCAUCCCCACCAUCAUCCCCACCACCAUCAUCCUCAUCACCAUCACCACCAUCAUCACCACCACCACCAUCGUCCUCAUCACCACCCUCGUCACCAUCACCACCACCACCACCCUCAUCACCAUCACCACCACCAUCCUCCUCAUCACCACCACCCUCCUCACCUUCACCACCACCCUCCUCACCUUCACCACCACCCUCAUCACCACCCUCAUCGCCAUCACCACCACCACCGUCCUCCUCAUCACCAUCAUCCUCAGGGUGACAUGCCAGCGCCUUGGGGACCCUCUGCGGAAAAGCAUCCCUGGUGCUCGAGCCAUCACCAAGCAGCUGCUCCCGGCCGGGAGCCUGGCGGGGUCCGGGCAGGGAUUUCGGGGCAAGGUGCUCACCCUGGGAGUCGGUGAGACGCCGGUACCUGGGCAAGGCUCGGUGUCAGCCGGCACCGCAGCGCAUCGGCUUGUUGGCGGCUCCGGCAGCCCCCGGAGCCCGUCCAGGCUCCAGCCGCCGAAGGAGCCGUUUGGCAAAGGGGGCAUCCGGGCAGGUUUUGUGCCGGUUUGCGACCGCAACCCCAGGGGGAUACGGUCCGACCUCCCGGGGGAGACCAACGUCCCCGGGGGCUCGCUGGUCGGCGGGCACCGACUGCCGCCUGGUCCACCCGCCCGCGCCGGCUCUCAGGCAUGA